AUGAAGUCUGCUUGGAAUUCCAUCCCAAAUCAUGUCAUAUCCGCAGGAAGUUCGAAUAGAGAAAUUGACCGGAUUAGCUAUCGUGGAUUUACAAUGUUUCAGAUGAAUACAACUACUCUUAUAAACACUCUAAGGGCACCUCUAAGCAACUGGGAUUCGAACCCAGAUCGUCUCGUAUCCACGUCUGGACAGAGAAAUGGACCAGAUGAGCUACUGCGGAUUUACGACAACAUGAAUGCAUGA